GCAGGACAUGCAGGAGCAGAUGGGGAAACUGACAGCCCUCCUAAAGGAUGAACGGCGGUCCCACCAGCACAGCUGCCGUGCGCUGUUGGACGAGGCAGAGCGGAGAGCUGAGAGAGUCAGGCAGCAGCAACAACAGGAGAUGGAGCAGCUAAUGCAGGCCCACAGAUCAGAGAUCAGUGCUUUGGUGACCCUCCACACCAAGACUCUGGAGGGGGAGAAGGGCUGUGCAGAGGAGAGAUGUGCCCUGCUGGAGAAAGAUUAUGACUUCCUCAAAAGUUCCUUCCGCACAUACAAGGACAGUAUAUUUGAGGAGAUGCGUAGCAGCUGGCUAAGGAAGGAGAACAGCUGGAAAGAGGAGCAGGAGAGGGAUCUCAUGGACCAACUGAUGCAUUCACGUGAGCAGUUGAACAAAAGUGAGCAGGAAAAGGAUAACCAAAGAAAAGCCUUUGAGGCAGAAAUGGCAGACCUCCAGGCCAGGUUUCAGGAGGAGAUACAGGUACUAGCUGGUGAGCUGACAGAGAAGGAUGUAACCAUCAGCUUAUUGAGAACAGCUUAUCACCAGACACAAGAGCAACUGGACAUUGUGAAUGAGUCUUAA